AUGCCGAACGAGGAGAGGCUGGCUUGUGUCCCGCGCAUGCCGCCCAGGAAGCUCCCCGAGGUAGAAGGGGAUUGUGCAAGAUUUGUGGCGAGCCAAUCAGUGUAUUGCGGCCGAGAGAAACGGUCCUACGAAUCCAUCUACCGGCGGGUCACGAAGGAUCGGCCCAAAGGCAAGGACAAGGCUGCAGAGGCGAAGGAGUGGGAAGAGAACGACGAGCAGUUCCAAGCAUUCCAGAAGAUCUUCGGUCCAGAUGGUGAUGAAAGCUUGCAGGCCCAGGUGCUGCUGGACUUCAGUGCCAAGUUCCCGGACUCCAAGGAGAAGGGCAAAAACCGUGGCACCCUGGACCUCACGACCUAUGUGAAGACAGAGGGUGUCAGGGACGAGGCCAGCCGAUUGAAAGGCAACCCCUUGCUCGACUGGGAGCUGUUUCAGCACAAGAUGGCGCACAAGCGGGGAUGGACGGCCCAGAAGGCUCACCAGCAGUGGGAGGCGCUCAGGGCGAACCCAGACACCGAGCGUGACGAGGGCGGCCCUCCUGCCAGUCGUCUUCGACUGGCGAUUCCUUCGUGGCUCCUCGGCAAAGAUGUCCUACAAGAGAAGACGAGCCACUACGUGGACCGCCACGUUGCCCAGAGCAGUAAGGCUGCAAAGCGAAAGCACGAGGAGGUGGAUGAGUUCCGUGAGGGCAUGCUUCAGAAGAUCAAUGGGCCCGUGCUGGGGCAGAGCAGCAGCUUUGAGCGGAAGAUGAGCGACAUGUGGUCUGUGCCAGACAGUGCCAGCGGUGCGGAUAUCAACGAGUUCUUGUCAAAGGCGUUGGAGGUGCCUGACGACGACGUCACGAGCGUGCCGCCAUCCGGGCCCAAGGACCCGAAGAAGGACAAGGAGAAGGAGAAGGAGAAGGAGAAGGACAAGGACAAGGACAAGGACAAGGACGAGGAGAAGAAGCCGAACAAGAAAACCAAGCUUGAUUUGCCUUCCCUACGCAACACAGCUUUCGCCCUUCAAAAUCGCGAGCUCAACACCUUGCAGAAGCGCUUCGACGAUCAGCUCAAGGAAGGUGCGAGUUCCAUCAAAGCCAGCGACUGCAGCCAGGAUGGCGAUUUCGUGGACGAGCUCAAGACGAGGAUGAAGAUCGGGUAUCUGUGGCUAGGACAAACCAUGCAGGUUGACGGCUUGGAGGUGACCUCCGAGCAGAUCGGCGAGAGCGAGCAGGACAAGGUCGGGCAGCAGAUCCAGGAAUGCAUGAACCAGUUUUGCUUCGUGUCUGUGAAAGAGCAGCUUUGUCCCUUGAACGAGAUGGCGGCCCUGGUGAAUCAGCUCAAGGCCCAGACCACGAAAGAUGAUCUGGAGAAGAUCGUGCAAAGCCUCCAGAGAAAGAAGGAGCAGGCCUCCGAGCUCAUGUCUUCCAUCGGCGUGGCUGUGAAGGACUUGAAGAAGCAGCAUAAACGACGACAACAAGAUGCAGCGAAGACCGAAUCCCAGGAAAAAAAACGCCAGCGGCAGCAGAAUGAGGAGAAGGCCACCCAGGAAGUCGCGGAGGUGAAGCGCAGCGCCUUGCUCGCCUCGUGGCAGGUGCCUUUCACGAUCGAUGCGAAGGAGAUGAUGGCCAUCCCGGAGAUUGACUCGUUCAAUGCGGCGGACUGGACCAAGCCCUUCCUUAUCAAGGUGGCCUCUCCCAAAGAGCAUUGGGAGUCCGAACAGAUGGGAAGUACUUUGUCGAGGUGGCGCGAGACAUUCCCCACUCAUCCGCUGUGCCUCAAGCAGCGUUGUGUUUCCGCACCAAUCGCCAGGAACAUGGGUGCAGAAGCUUGCAUGAAGAGCUUCGACGACAUGCUGAAGGAAGUCGAGGCCUCCAAGUUCUUGGAGUCCAGUGAAAUCCCCGAUGCGCUCAAAGAGGCUUUCUCAACCCCGACCAUCCACGGGUUCCUGGAAGACUGUGUGUACUACUUCCUGGAGCCCGAGAUCACGGGGAGCUUGCGGUACCAGCAUGAAGGCGAGCUCGACGUGAUGAUCGUUCGUGCAUCCAGCAUUAUCAAGUCGACAAGCCCAGUGCCGACCAGCGUGGAAGGGAUGCUGAAUGUGAUGCGUGAGCUGAAGCCCGGCGAGUCGAAUGACUUGGUGAAGCUCCUGUGGCGAGGCAUCGUGAAAGAGCAGUUUGUGCUGAUGAUCCCUCCUGGGUGCUGUGUGGCAUUGAAAGCGAGGAAGCAAGCUUCAGGCGUUCUGAAGCGCAUCAUGCCCAAGACCAAGGAUGCCUGCGAGGACCUCGACCAGAUUUCGCAAGUGGCUCCUCAGCGGAUCUCGGCCAACCUCGUGCAGAAGAUGCGUGAGGUUACAUCGGCAGCUCCGUGA